AACUACAAGCAAGUGUUUGUCGCGUGGGAUGACGUCAUCAACAGGGGACGCAGCCUGUUUUUGCUGAAUCGAUUUUCGCCGAAAUGGCAACGAGCGACGCUUUUCAAGUUUCCUCCCUGAAGGGUAAAGUGGCCCUGAUCACGGGGGCCAGCUCGGGGAUAGGGGCCGGCACCAGCGUCCUGUUCGCUCAGCUGGGAGCCCUGUUGGCGCUUAACGGCCGUGACGUGGAAAACCUCACCAAAGUAGCCCAGAAAUGCACGCUGCAGUGCGGCGGCGCAGAGCCGCUGCUGGUUCCCGGAGACCUGACCGACGAGGAGACGGUGAGGAAGACCGUGGAGCAAACUCUGGCUCACUUUGGCCGGCUGGACGUGCUGGUGAACAGCGCCGGCAUCCUGGCCAUGGGCAGCAUCGAGACGUCAGACCUGGCUCAGUAUGACAAGGUCAUGGACGUCAACGUCAGAUCUGUUUACCACCUGACUCAGCUGUGCGUGCCGCAUCUGGUACAGACCAAAGGCUCCAUCGUCAACGUGUCCAGUGUGAACGGACAGCGGUCUUUUCCUGGUGUGCUGGCCUACUGCAUGUCUAAAUCCGCCAUCGAUCAGUUCACGCGCUGCAUAGCGUUGGAGCUGGCGCCCAAGCAGGUGAGGGUGAACUCUGUCUGCCCUGGUGUGAUCGUCACGGAGGUCCACAAGCGGGCGGGACUGGACGACGAGCAGUACGCCAAGUUUCUGGCUCGCUGUAAGGAGACCCACGCCCUCGGUCGGCCCGGCGAGGUGGAGGAGGUGGCGCAGAGCAUCGCUUUCCUCGCAUCGGAUGCCGCCAGCUUCAUCACUGGGGUCAACCUGCCGAUUGAUGGCGGUCGCCACGCCAUGUGUCCAAGAUGAAACUAAACGUGUGAAAGUUUCUGAUAAAAUACUCGUAAACCUUUCAGUA